ACUUGGAUAAACAGCUUUCAACACUACAUAGGAAGAACGCUGAUGUCACCAUGUCCGUAACUUCCACCACACUGAAAAAAAUGUUGCCCAAGAAAUAUCACCAUAAGAAAGAAACUAUUGCUGAAGUUCUUGCUGCCUUGUCUCAAAAUAAGCACCUUGUGCCAGUGAUGGACAAAUUUGUUUUCAAUGAUGGCACCACAAAGACCUUACUGAGCUUGUCUGGAACCAUUCGGAUGUCCUAUGGCGACAAAGGAUACAAUAUUCCUGUAACUUUAUGGCUUGAUGAGAGUUACCCUCGAACUGCCCCUAUCUGCUAUGUGAAGCCCACGUGCGAGAUGAAGAUCCUUCCAGGAAAGCAUGUCAACAGCAACGGGGAGAUACAGCUGCCAUACCUCAAAGAGUGGAGACACACUGUAUGUGACCUGCAUACUUUGAUCCAGGUGCUAUCUCUGACCUUUGGGGAGAGUCCUCCAGUUGGACUCCGUCUUACCAAAGAAGAGUCUCAAUCUAACUGUGCAGCACAGCAGAGACACUCCAAUAUCUAUUCAACUCCAGAGGGUCACUCAUACAUGUUACUGAGACAAGAUGAUGGGCUCUCAAUUCAGAGGGAAGAUGAAACAUGUUGCUAG